UACACAAAAUAAUCUCUCACUUGCAUAGCUUUUCCCAAAAACCUUUAGCUUUCAAUUGGAGGUUCCUCAGCUGCAUUGCAACUUAUUUUUCUACUCUUCAUACAGCAGUUUUUCGAUAUCUUUGUCAAAGCAAGCGAAGCUUAUUGAGAUGGAUAGGGUAAAAGAUUUGGCAUCAAAGAAAGCUGCUGUGAUAUUCACCAAGAGCUCAUGUUGCAUGUGCCAUAGCAUCAAACAACUCUUCUAUGAGCUAGGAGCCAGCCCUGCAAUUCAUGAGCUUGACCAAGUUGCCAAUGGGAAGGAUAUGGAGUAUGCUCUACGAGGGCUAGGAUGUAAUCCCUCAGUCCCAGCUGUGUUCAUAGGAGGAAAGUAUGUAGGCUCAGCGAAGGAUAUCAUAUCCCUUCAUGUUGAUGGGUCUCUCAAACAAAUGCUCAUGGAUGCCAAGGCCAUCUGGUUCUAGCAACUACAAAAAAAAAAAGUCUCAUACCAUGCUUUUUGAAUACAAUGUUUUAUAAGGGCUUUGCUUUUUCUUAAGUUUCCUUGUAAACUGUGAAAAAAGUUGCACUAUAUGGAAA